ACGUCGAUAGUAGGACUCAUACAUAACCAGCUCAUCUCCCUGCAGACUCUACCGCUAGAGAUUCAGCUUUCUACAUCUUCUUUUUACGACUUUCUAAUUUCAUUAUCGUACACUUUGACGCACACGUCAUUUCUACUGUUAAAUUUUGACGAUACUCACGAAAUCAUGUCUUCACCAUCCCUGCCUGUGGUUGAGCUGGUCUCCCCUGACGCCGCGAUGUACGAGGCUGCCACCAUCCUGGCUGGACUUCGGCACGCGCGUACCUAUACGUCGGCUGCAAGGCCAGGUCUCAAGCUCAAGCUGAGAUGCAUCCAAUCUGCCCUCCACCCCUCCACCUCUCCCAUUGCUGGCGCUGGCCAUAAGCGCAAAUUCACCCACCAUGAAGACGAUGUCCAGCUUCCCCCAAUUGCCCCUUCGCUCCCCAUCCCCAUACCCACCAUGAAGCGGCUGAAGCGCAUCCUCGACCCCCAAAAGACCGAGCACGCCGCUCUCAUUGCCGCCGCUACAAAAGACGGCGCCGAGUACUACGACUCGGACGCAUCCAGCGUCGCUGGCGACGUCAAGGACACCACGAAACCAGAACUCUUCCGCAACGUCACCUGGGGCGCCUACGCAACCUCCUACGACAACGACGCCGACUUCCGGGCCCAGCCUGAAUUCACCCAGUUCGUCCCCGGCCGCUUCGAACUCCUCGCCGAUGGCACCGUACGUGACCAAAAGCAUAAGCUCGUCAUCAAGCUGCUUGACAAGAAUGGCAAAAAGCGCGUCUUCGCUAAUCCGCCGCCGCGCGACUGGGCUUCGCAAGAGGCGAUCACGGCAUUGAACAAGCGCACUGUUCAGCAGAUUCGGCGCAAUACCAGCGUGAGGUUCCGCGAGGUUGUGCAGGCUUAUGUGCAGGAAGAGCGGACGUGGAUCCUCGCCAACCUUACCAAUGGAAAGCCUACCAAAGGGUGGAAAACCUUUGUCGACGAGUUCAACAAGACGUUUGCGGGCAGGAUUCUCACGGGUACAGCUGGUGCUCGGCCCGUUAGGAGUCAUUCUAGUCUCACCAAGGAGGUGGAGAGAUUUGGAGCUGAGUUCUACACGAAGGGUCUUGUACCGGUGCCAGCCAAAAAGGAGGCCAAGAAGGGAUGAGUGGUUCGGUUGUAGUUGGAUCACGGGUGCUUGUGGUGGACUGAGCGCUAGUCGCCCGGUAUUGUUGUCCAAGUGAUCACUAGCAAGUUACAAGUUUGGGCUGGUCCCUUGUAACCCCCAAGGGUGUAUACAUUUGCCCUUUCAAUACUUCAC